AUGCAUCUUAUAAGAAUUCUGCUCUUAUUCAGUGCAAUUAUAAGCUUAAGCAGUAAAGAGACCGGCGCCGUUCCUAUUUCUAUUAACUCACUCUGCUCAUGCGUGAAUCCAUCCGGGGUUUGUGCUAUUCUGUGCAUGCGCCAGAAUUAUAUAAAUCCAGUGCUUGCAAACAGAACUUCCCCAUAUAAAAUUGUACAACGACAUCCAUUGCCUGCACUAACACAGGAAAAGAAGAUUGUAUUCAUUCCAAAGGAGCAACCCGCGCAGCCCAUAUAUACAUAUACGAUUGCUGCAGAUCCUAAAACUAUUUAUAGCACCUUUACUGAAAUUAAUUAUAGCACGAUAUAUGAGACAAAAACCCGAAUUAGGCAUACCCGAAGAACAAUUCUAUUAACCUCUACAGUAACUAAAAAAGUGCCUGUAACAGUUGAAAGCAGGCGAACAAUCACGGUCACGCCACCGCCCGUGGUUUCCACAAAAACUGUUACAGACAUUUUAAAAGUAACAACUAUGGAAAAAAUCACUCUUCCUCCCAUUAUACAACCAGUGACUUUAAAAAGCGUUAAGGUAAUUACGCAGCCAGCACAUACUUCUACAGUGAAAGUCCCUUCUCCUCCUGUAACUAAAACAGUUACCAGCACAGAAAAGUCCUCUCCUGUUCCAAUAACUAUUACAUCUGUGCGCACGCGAACUAAAACAGUUGAAGUAAAGCCUACUAUGUACAAUGAGUAUGUUAAUAUAACUCCUCUUUAUAGCGAGCCUGGCGUUCUUGUUGAGUUCCACGAUUCUAACAAUAAAGUGAAAAAAGUGAAUGUUAUGCUUCCCCCAGGAUCUAACAAUACAAUAGAGAACAAAGUUCCAAAGGAGCCAAGUAUAAAAGAGCCGAGUAUAAAAGAGCCGAGUCCACCUCUCCCACCAAAAGAAGAAACGCCCCUAUCGCCGCCCAAGACAAUCACCACUAAGAUCACAUCGUUUGUAACGCUCCCAAAAAUUACAACUACCUCCACAAAAUACUUAACUUAUAGAGGAACCCCAGUUGUUCUCACAAAAACCAAAACCAUUACAAAAACCAAGACAAAAACUCAAACCAAGACAAAAACCAAAACUCCUAAACCAGUAGAGAAAACAGUUCCUGUGGAUGUUGAAAGAAUAGUUCAGGUGCCGAUAACGAACAGUGUAACAGUUACAACAACAAGCGUGUCCUCUAUUGUUCUCCCGCCAGUUACACUUAUUAAGACGGUCAGCAUUCCCGUUGAAAACCAGGUGAGACUGAUCAUUAGCAAAACAACCACAGAAACAAAAACGGUUGAUCAUACAAAAACGAAAUACAAAACAGUCACAAGUACUCCACCCGCACGCACGAUAACAAAUACAAAAACCGUGCAGAAAAAUAAACUGAUGACUUUAACACAAACUACUACAGAAACAAAACUAAAAACAGUAACAGAAACUAAGACAAAGUCAUUAAGCCCUACCACCAUCACUAAAAUAGAGCCAGUGUACAAUAUUCAGACAGAAACAGUCGAAAAGCCGAUUAUAACCACAAAGUAUAUCACGAUUACAAAAGCAACAGCUCCUAUACAAACAAUAGACAAAUCACAGGAAUAUUCUCAUAUCAUUGCAGAACUAAGAAGAAAGCUUAAUGUAUAUGAGCAAAAACUAAAUGAGUCUGACCAAAAGCAAAAAGAAGGCCAGCAGGAGAUAUCUACAUUAAAAGACCUGCUUAAGAAGAAGUAGCUUAAAUAUAGGCCAGAAUGCUAGAUAAUAAAUGUUUUGUAUCCAGCUGCCAUUGCAAAGAAAGCAGCGCCUGAAUAAUCUGACUUCUUUUACAAGAUACGGAUACCCAAUUUUUGAUUAUAAUCAAGGCUUAUUUAGUUUUUGGUCUUUGAAUAAUUGUUUCUAAAACUCCC